UUUGCAUUACAUUUCUCAUUACAUUUCUUUAUAACUAUGACACAAAGGUAAUGCCUCUCAUAUACAUGAAAAAGUAGGCUAAUAUACCCACGCUUUACAAUGGCAAUUACAAAAAUAACCACUAUUGAAAAACUUGUUUUUUAAUCACAGCACUUACUUUUUUUCUGUACUCAGGAUGUUUCCUUUAAAUUGCACCCAGGAGAAGUCACUGCCUUGGUUGGUCCGUGUGAUGCAGGAAAGUCUACAGUGGUGCAACUCCUGCUGAGAUUAUACCAGCCACAAAAAGGAGAGAUUCUUCUUGACGAGAAGUGCAUUAACUUGUAUAAAAAUGAAUACUACCGGAACAAGGUAUCAGUAGUUAGUCAGGAGCCCACUCUCUCUGCCCGCUCCUUGCAGGAUAAUAUAGCCUAUGGAAUGGGAGAAGUCUCACUUGAAUAUGUGAAGGAGGCAGCACAGACUGCACAUGCCCAUGAUUUCAUCUCUGAAAUGGCAAAUGGAUACCAGACAGGUGCUGGACAGAAAGGUGGGCUGCUAUCCGGGGGACAAAAACAGCGAGUAGCACUAGCAAGAGCUCUUCUGAGGAACCCCAAAAUCCUCAUUUUGGAUGAUGCUACUAGUUCGCUUGAUUUAGAAAGUGAACAGAAGGUGCAGUGUGCAGUGUAUGAUGGUCCCCGAGACAGGACAGUGCUGCUUAUUUCCCACAGAAUAAGUACAGUGCAGAGAGCAGACCGUAUCCUCGUAUUAGAAGGAGGCCGCAUCACAGAGGAAGGGACGCAUGAACAGCUACUGAAACAGGAGGGCAGUUAUACAAGGCUGUGGCAGAAACAGCUCAGCAGCUUUCAGAGUGUGAAUGGAGAGCAGCUGUCAUCGCAAUAACACCAUUUUCUGUUAUUUAUUACUAAAGUAUUUUCCAGACAGUUCUGAUCAUAUCCAAUUGAGCAAGUAUAAGGAAUCUUUUUUUUCUGCUUUAAAGGUUUCUGCAGCACAUAUCCUGGCAUCCCUAUAUCAGCCCAAAUAAUUAUCUGUAUUCUUAUUCUAGUAUAGGUAGAAUGGGGAAUAACAAGAUGGUCACAGGGAUAAAAUUAAAUUAUUGUUGGAAUGCUCUGUCUGUGUCUGUAUGAGUAUUCUGGUUUCCAGCAACACUCUAGAAACAUACAGGCACAUUUAUUGGCUACUGUUAAAGUCUAUCUUAGUGCAUGUGUAUGUGUGUGUGAAUGUGAUAAGGAUCAUAGAUUAUAAACUCUAGUAGGGCAUGGAUUGGUGUGAAUGAUGACUUUGCAAAGGGCUGCAUAAAAUGUCAAUAUAAAAGGAGAAUAUUAAUAACCAUAAAAUUUAAGUGGAGAUGUCACCUGAGUAUGAGAGGGGUUCAGUAGCUUCUGAACCUGUUAUGUACAAGUCCUCUACCCCAUAAUAUACACAUAUAAUCUCAACAUUUCAUUACACCUGGUAGUCCUAAUUUUGGUACGCAUUGUUGAGGAAGUUAGGUAGAGAGCUGGGACUAAAAGCAAUUGGGAGGUUACACGAGUUUGCAUUGUUGAAAAGCAGCUCGCAGGAAGGUGAAUAGCAGCUAAAGGGGGAGUUCUGAUCAUCCCCAUAUGAUCUCAUGCAAAUGUUGAUGAACAGUGAAAAUCAGUCAAGGGGACAGGCAUAAAUAUAUAAUGGGAGAGAUGUGUGGUGAAAGGGGCACUGAAAAAUACUGGAGGUGGGGGAAAAAGCCUUUGAAUGGGUAGGGGGAAAGACAAAUAAGAAAACUGUUGCUGGGGGGAUACAAAGAAAAGUAAAUGUACUGUUUAGUCUAAUACCAAAUGGGGCUGAUUUUUUUUGGGCUGCAGAUAAAAGCAGGCCCUACACUGGCAUCAUCCUUUCCCUGUGCCUGGAGCCAUUGCAUCAGCCCAUGUGCAGGCUAGCAUAGGGAUUAAUUCUCAGCCAUCAUUUAUCCGCAGGCCGAGAAUCAGCCCCAUCUGGCGUUAGCCUAAAGGGCCUGUAAGAUCCAGUCAAACGACUAGAUCUUACAGGACCUUUAGGCUAACGCCAGAUGUCAUCCGAGUGUGGGAGGGGUAUAGAUAUAUAUUGCUGUGAAUUUGGUGUAUAUAAGCUUUUAUAACAUUUGUUGUGACUUGGGAUUUGUAGAACAUCCUUCUUCAAACCCUAGCAAUAAAAGCUUAGGUUCCUUCGUUCUAUGGCUGCAGCCUGCAGCCAUUUGUUCCUUGAGCUUACCACUGUGGGGAGAAUCCAUUUUGGACAGGCAAAGUUUUAUUAUUUCAUAUUUUUGAGGUGUUCUUGGUUCUGCCAUUACCUGUCCAGUCCACGGGCUGUAUAUUGUAUUUAUCAUGUAAAAUGUAGAGUAAGUUUUUCCAUAUUACUAAACUAGUAUUUCUAACUUUUUUGUUUUAACCAUCCACUAUUGGGGAAUGCAUACUGGGAGUUAUAGUUAUGCAGCAACUACAAAAUAAAGUUCAGCCUUCACUGAUCUACAUGAACAUACAUCAUCAGAACAUAUAUAGCUAUUAGCUUUUGAAAUAUAUAUUUUCCAUAUGGGCACCAACAACUGUAGAAAUAUGUCAUUUUAAAAACACUUGAAUGCAUAUAGAUGUGUUAGAUGUGAGAAUUAUGUGGCCCUGUCUCUUUAUAUAUAAGCAUUGACUAUACACAUGUAUAUGGAACUGUGUGCUUUGUAAACAUUAAUUAUGCUAUGUGACAUAUUCAUCCUUCAUCUUUGCGGGUGCCUACAGUUACACUGGAAUAAUAUGAAAUAAUGCCGUAUUAUGAAUAAAAACAUUGCAGAUUUUGCACCUGCCA